CGACGAUAAACUUUCGCCAAACAUAUGCAACACACGAAGAUCAGUUAGUGUGACCGGGAUCUGGAAUUAUUAUCCGCGAGAUUUGGUUUUGUGUUUUCUUUCUCAAAUGCGAUUUUAGGAUACUAUUCUUCUGGAUUUUGACUCUAUCAUCAAAAUGAAAGAACUAAAAGACCCCUCCGAUGCCAUCGAAACGGUCCAGGACCACAGAAACCUCCUGGACUGGUCAGAUACCACCAACAUAUCAGAUCCAGAGCACCAUCUGCCGAUCAACAUGAAAUUCAACGAUGGACACAGACUGUCAAUUACGGUUUAUAGUACACUCAUGGUGUUUUCUGCUAUUGCGAAUAUUACUGUGUUAGUGUUGUUAGUGAGGAGGAGGAAACUGCAGCCUACGAGGAUAAAUACUAUGUUGAUCCAUUUGGCGAUUGCUGAUUUACUGGUGACGUUCUUGAUGAUGCCACUAGAAAUUGCAUGGGCAUAUACAGUCCAGUGGCUGGCAGGCGAUCUUAUGUGCAGAAUAAUGAGCUUUUUUAGGAUAUUUGGACUGUACCUAUCCAGUUUCGUGCUUUGUUGCAUAAGUAUUGAUAGGUAUUAUGCGGUACUGAAACCCCUAAACCUCGUCAACCUGGACAGACGAGAAAAAUUUAUGAUUGCAGGCGCUUGGAUGGGAGCGGUCAUUUGUAGUAGUCCACAGAUGUUCCUGUUUCACGUAGAACAUCAUCCGAAUAUUACGUGGUAUGUCCAGUGUGUAACUUACCAUAGUUUUCCGACCUACACGCACGAGUUGGCUUACAAUAUUUCCGGGAUGAUUAUAUUGUAUGCAUUUCCAUUGGCUGUAAUAAUAUUUUCGUAUGCCUCGAUUUUGUUAGAGAUAUUUCGAAGGACCAGGAAUCCUGGAUGCGCUGACAGUAUCACGAGAUCAAGUCUGGGAUUCCUUGGAAAAGCAAAAAUACGGACCCUUAAGAUGACAAUAAUCAUUGUCUUCGUAUUCUUUGUGUGUUGGACGCCAUAUCAUGUGAUGUGUAUUUGGUACUGGUACGAUCGAGAUUCAGCAUUACACGUAGACCAAAGGAUCCAGCGAGGGCUUUUCUUAUUUGCUUGUACAAACUCCUGCGCAAACCCGGUAGUCUAUGGCAUAUUUAAUAUCAGGGCGCGCAGGAAGGCUGCCAAGGUGAGGCCAAGGGCUUGCAGCAAUGCUAUUUACCGUACUACCUCUCGCAUUCCCCCACCGAUCACAGCAGAAACUAGACUGUCGCCCUUAGAAAUAUCACUUAGGAGUCUUGAGUAGAUUUGGAGUUUCUAUGUAUUUGUAAUGCCUUUUAAAGUUUUGUUGUAGAUGAGGAUUUGUGUAAAUUAGAAAUGUAACGACUUAACCUUAGAAUUGUGCCGUUGUGUUCUGUUUUUUAUAUAUAAAAUUGCAUGGAACGAAGAUAUCUUGCAUGAGAACAUACAGCUAUUGUUAAUUGAAAAAUAUAUUGGGUCUUGUAUCACUAAACUUUACUAGCUUAUUCAACUAGGAUUGUCAAUGAUGUCAAUAAAAUUAUUAGGCAGUCUUGAAGAUUUGAGACUUUCAGAGCAGUAAAAGCGAGCAUUUUACUUUAUUGCUUGAAGUGAAAGUGCCAAAGGAGCAUAGAAUCAGGUGGAGUGGCGUAGGUAGUGACCAAACAGAAGAGUCUUUAAUAGGUGCUAAUCUGGAAUAUUCUAGUAAGCUUGAUUCUAUCAUAGAGAUUCCAAAUGAGGUUCAUAUUCUCCCUUUUUAAUAGGGUGCUUGUAAGAUUUUCUCAUUCCUGUUUAUUCUAUAAAAUCAAGUGAUGCAUAUUUAUAUCAGUCGGAUUAAUGAAAGUGGCUAUAACUUAUAGAUUAAAAAUGAUGAUUUACGGAUAAAUUAACGGAAAUAGGGAGAGAGGGGAGAAAGCUGAUGUGAUUUGCAGAGUAUAAGGGAAACCUUUUUCACAAUCAAUGAUGAGAUUCAAAAGAGACUCUUAGGAAAGCGCAAGUUUGAACUGGAGAGGAUGUUUAUUAGGAUGUAUAUUGUGCUUCUAAUUGAAUAUUACAGAUUUUAAUACUAGUAAUCUUUGAUGAAGAUUUAUUUUGAGACGAAUUUAGGGCUUUAUAAUAAAUGAAAAAUAUUAACAAUAUUAAUUGAUUUUUGAGAGAAGGAUCAUAUGGAACUAACGCAGAUAAUUCUGGGUGGAAUUUCUUUUCUAAGAUAGUCAGCUUCUACUGGAGCUGGUGACAUUUCUGUUUUGGCUGCCUGAUAAGGCUCAGUAUAUGUUUCUGAGGAUUAAAUGCUUCUUCGCGUUAUUGAGUAAGCAUAAUAUUAUUAGUUUUGCAAUAAAUUAUUUUUAAUGUACUAUUGGCAUUGAUCUUUAAGGGAUCUUGGGAGGACUUAAGAUCAAAAUAAAAGUGAUUUACUGUUUUUUUAUGCACAAGAAAUUGAGA